CCAGUUGACUACAGGUAAACAUUCAUCGCAUCCCCUGGCCAAGUUACCGAUUUCGGCGUGUGAGUUGUCGGGGUGUGAUUUGACCCUCCCGCCUGACUGUCGGCGGCGGGUUGAUCGCCAUUCGGAACGUCAUCUCCUCUCCUCCAUCUCUGGGGAAAAAGAAACAAUCCUCUUUCCUUUUUCCCCUGUUUUCAUUCAUCCCCCCCAAACAAACAAACUGUUCCUACGGAACAUACAUACACAAGAAAGAAAGGAGACACUGCGCUCCCUUACUUAUACAUCGCUGUGUUUCUUGAUAGUAUUAUGUUCCUUCCCCGAUGACAGUCUAAAUGAGCCCCCGGUCGGCUCUGUUCGUCGCCCAAGAUGGCUUCCUUUUUGCCUUCAUUUUUCCAGAAGCGGUUGCUCCGGUAUGCUCUUUCAAGGUUGGAGCUGGUCGACACCGAGGCCUUGGACUUGGAUAGUCUGGGCAUCCGCUGGGGACAGAGGAGUACGGUGGAACUACGGGAUAUUGGAUUGAGAUUAGAGAAACUAGCUAGCUUUUUACACCUUCCCCCUUCGAGUGAGUUACUCAACGCUCGCGUCCGGUUCCUCAAAAUCACCGUUCCCGCCGAUAUCUACAGCAGCGGCAUCGUUUGCGAAGCUAGCGGUAUCGAAAUACACUUGAAAAUAUCGUCGGAAGAAGCAGAACCGUCAGAUCACGAUCGGAACCCGUCGACGACCGCCCAGGAUGCUAUCGAUGACCAAAUCCUCCCCACGCCGACCGAUCUUGCACAGUCGUUCUUGGAAGCGGAGCCUAAGGAGGAGAAGGAUGAGUUGCAGGCAGCUAUCUCGUCGCGGUCUCAGGUGCUCCAGCAACGAUCGUCGACAUCAUUGAGUGAUGAUGAGGAGGAACUGGGAUUGGGAAAUGAGAGUUUGUCACUGCCUAGUUUUGUGGCUGGUUUUUUGAAGGGGAUUGCGGAUCGGCUGCAGGUCAGGGUGAAUGAUAUCGCUAUACGGGUUGAUAUGGAGCUGAAGCAGGAUGGUACGGCCAAGAGGCAGCCAGAGGAUGAGCCGGAUUUGGUGACUGCCAUGCUGAGUGUGCGGGAAGUCAAGGUGGAUGGGGUUUCGACGACUUCCUCAGAGGAUGCCUCCCAUACCCGAACGGAAGGAAAGAGACUUGUUUCGGUAUCUGAUAUCAACAUGACCUUAGUCUCAGACCCCGUUGUUUUCUCGAACUAUUCUCGAUUCGCCGCUCCCCCUUCCCCGGAUGACUUGACGCAAUCAAAGUCCAGCCAGUUUCCCAGCAGAGCGCCAUCUCCUUCGCUAUCUGAAUCGUCGGGUAAUUCAAACCUGGCCAUGACGCGGCCUACUAUCUUCGGAAUACCCAAUGGGCCGCAGGAGGAAGAACCGGAGCAGCCAGGGACACCAAGGCCGACUGCACCGCAGAUGGAAGCAUCCGCAUAUACCUUUGAUGGUCGAUUCUCGGAUGCAGAUUCGGAGGGUGAUACCAGGAGUGACGGCUAUCUUCAAGACUCGCAGAACCUUGCGGAUGAUGGGAUAUUGGAUAAUCCGGAUUAUCUCGAUUCGGUUAUUGAUACUCAAUACGACGAUGAUGACAUUGAAAGCGCAUCACGCCCAUGGCCAAGAGGUGGGCAACGCCUUACGGGCAAUGAGACUACUUCGCGUCCUCCAAGUCCUCAGCUACAUUUCUCUGAAAGUAUGCUGCGGGAGAGUGAUAUAGGGGAAACCGGGAUCUCGGCAGGAAUGUCAGCGAGUCAUGAACGGACACCUUCCGUCCACAGCUCUGUGCAUGGCAGCCAGGCUGGUCUCAGGAUCACUGAGAGUGCAGUACACCGCACGGGAUUCUCCGAGCUUCCUCGUCUCUUGGAUUCCUCACUCGCUGAAAGGCACGCGGAGGAGCAGGAGCGGCCUCCAUCUCACACCUCGUCACCCCCAUCCGAGGCUGGCAGUGCACAUUCGCAUUCUGGUUCAUCCAAUGGAGACCUUUCAGAGUCCAAGUUUUUCAGCCAUGAGGAGGCGCAGAGCAUGUACAUGAGCGCUAUCAGCCAAGGAUCAGGCUCGAGAAGUUUCAUUCCUGCCAUGCCCGGAGCUUGGGAUUCGGAGUCGACCGUUCUGAGAUCUAGCCCUGAUCACGAGACAGCCAGCCAUGAGACACAGGAGGAAUCAAUGUCCACACCAAAGCUUAGUGGUCAGCCGGGACCGUUCGCACAUGCCCAGGAACAAGGAACCGAGGAUAACUCCGAAGCGCAGUCUGAAACAACUGAAAAGGAACUCAGCCAAUCAACCCCGGAGUUGAAUAAGGUCACUGGCGUGGCGAAGAGGUUUUUAAGCGUUGAUAAGGUGUUGAUCUGGAUUCCGCCGGUUGAACAAAACAACGAUAGUGAAGGCGCGCCAGCAGAGUCACGCAGAGCACCCCACGAGGACUUAGAAGAGUCUACGGCCGACUUGCGGGAGUCUAAAAUUGAAGAUGAUAUUCUUACUUCGAGAGUCUAUGACUCUACACGACUUCGUCCGGGUACUUUGCACCACUCAAGGGAGUUGCGCGCCGACUUGCACGACGAACAUAAAACGAUUGCAGUCGAGGUGUUCUCCGUGGACUUGCAAUUUGACAUUGCUACUGGCUGGCUCCUUACCAAAAUAGGCCAGAGAAUCGCUCAAGCCUUUGAUAAUAGCGAGGAACAACCGCAACCGCGACCUUCUAAGAAAGGCCGUCAGCCAGAAAAGUCGCAGGCGCAGGGCAAACAGGCGAUCAGCAUCUCUCUCAAUAAGCUGUCAAUCAAGUUCGUUGAGCAUUUACACGGACACGCUUAUCCUGCUGAUGGCACUGGAUUGCACUCGUCGCAGUCCUUUAGUUCAUCUAUCGAGGAUACCGUACUGCAAGCUUCAGCAUCUGGUUUGAAGGCUCGCUUCGCUACGGAGAAAGAAACCACGAGUUUGCAUCUCGAUAUCUCCAAGUUCACGCUAGGAUUUGCUUCUGAUAAUCUGAUCUUGUUCGAUGAGAGCCUGAAGAUGCGAGAAUCUACACGGGAUAUCAUGGCGCCCAGGCAUGGCGACAUCUCUCUUUUCCUGAGCAAAUCUCCUGAUUCUGGAAGAGUCAAUCUGACUACGCUUCCGCUGCUGGUUAAUUUCAAUGUCCAACGCUUAGAGGAAGUCUUUGGUUUCUUGGGUGGUUUGAGUACUAUUUUGGAAUUGGGAAGCUCUAUCUCGUCCGUGUCAACCGUGAAGGGUGCCAAGCAAGAAACACCGCCACCAAAACGGCCCCGUGGAGUGCAUUUUGAGACGGCGCCUCCGCCUGCCAGUGUGGAGCCAGAUGAUUCUACGCCUUGGAAGGUGAAUGCUCGCGUGGGUGGUGUUAUGCUAGAUAUUGUUGGAGAAACCCAUUGUCUUAAAUUGAGAUCAACGGCUCUCAAGAUGGUCAGCAGGUCCGAAGGAAUCGGAGUCCAAGUCGACAAGACAAAAGUGAGCGGGCCUUUCCUUGUCGGCGGGUUCCAGGAUGCACCUGCGAAGGUCAGCUUGACAAAUAUCCGAGUUGAAUACUUGUUCACUCCAAAGGAAGUCGAUUUGGACCGUCUCCUGGCGCUGAUAACACCGUCCAAGGACAAGUACGACGAGGAUGACGACAUAAUGCUCGACACUCUCUUCCGACAGCGACGACAGGGAUCUGUUCUUCGUGUUACGGUUGCCGGGAUGAAAACCAUCAUUUCUCGAAUCAAUGACCUCGAACCAAUUUCCCAACUCGGCAAUGAGCUGUGCAGGUUCUCGAGUAUGGCCAAGUAUCUUCCCGAGGAUGACCGCCCAGGGCUUCUUAUCCUUGCUCUGAUUAAGGAAGCCGAAAGUCAGGUACACAUUGGCGGUCAAGUUGGGGAUAUCUCCGCUCACCUCCGCAACGCCGAGGCUGCUUAUAUCAGUAUCCCAUCUUUGAUUGCUGCUCAAGUUGGAACGAUGGCAGUCGUCAGAAAUGGCGAGGAGGAGCUCCUUGGUGAAGCAUUGAUAUUGAGCAGGGAGAAGAGCAAGGACCACACACCGCUUCCGGUAUUAAUGGCUCGUUUUAUUGCCGAUGAGAUGGAGCCUGCUGUCAAGAUCAAGCUGCAUAAUUUGCGGGUGGAGUAUACCAUUCCAUCGGUGAUGGCGUUCCUUGGAUUCAGCGAGGACAUGACGCGGGGUGAUGUUGCUAGUAACAUGGCGAACUCACUGGCUAAUAUUGCAGAGGUAUAUGAGUCUCGACACAUGUCUGAGAAAUCUCCUGUAAAGCCAAAUAGUCCAAAGGGCUCUGCUAAGCCUACCCGGUUGGCGCUGGAUUUGCGAGACUGCGUCAUUGGCUUGAAUCCUCGUAACACGCCGGCAAGGGGCUUGGUUGUGCUCACGAACGCCAAGUUUGCCGGCACCAUCCAUGAUCUUGAGUCUUCUGAGGCGACUUUAGAUCUCCGAAAAGCGUCAAUUAUGGUCAUCGACGACGUGCAGAAUAUAGGUUAUACCGACAACGUAUCCCGGGCUAGAUCUACAGUUCCGCAGAGUAGCCAAGUUCAGUCUUUAAUCGACUUGGGAUAUGUUCCUGUGUCAUCGAUUUCGUCAGCGACAGCUACCGUGAAGUUAUUGGCCUCCGGUGACGGAACGAAGUCAAUUGAUGUGGAACUCAGAGACGAUUUGUUGAUCCUGGAAACUUGUGCCGAUUCGACGCAGACCUUGAUAAGCAUCGCGAAUGGUCUUCAGCCGCCGAUUCCUCAGACUGAGGCUGUUAAGUACCGGACAGAGGUCAUGCCAAUCCAGGACAUGUUGGCGUCGUUUUCAGGGGAUGCUUUUGAGGCUGACCCGGUAACUGUUCGACCGGAGGGUGUUCAUGAUCCUGUCCCAAUUGGAGAGGAUGAUGGAAGGGAGAAAAUAGAGGACGAACUCGAAUACGUGAGCGACUUCUAUCCAGCGAAGCCGGGCUCUGAUACCGAUGAAUUCGCCGGCAUGACGGGCUCGCCAACGGGCGCUUCCGACCCCGAAGAUCUUCUCGAUAGUUUCCAUUCACAAUAUGAGGUUUCGUCCAGCUUUUCUGAGCUUGAUUUCCAGAGCGACCAUUUCGCCAAACAGUCCGCGGUUGGUGGUACGGCACACCGGUGGGACUCGACGCAGAACACCUAUGGGCUUUCAAACGACUCGAAGCUUCAGAGAAGUCCUCUGCGGGUUAGAGUUCGGGACGCCCAUGUCAUCUGGAACUUGUUUGACGGAUACGAUUGGCAGCGGACGCGGGAUACGAUCUCCAAGGCUGUCAAGGAUGUGGAGAAGAAAGCGUCUGAAAGACGUUCUAGGACCGGUGGCAGCCGAGCGUCCCCUGGGCUGGAAGAAGAGGAGGAAUCGGUGAUUGGUGACUGCCUCUUCAACUCAAUCUACAUUGGCAUCCCCGCGAACAAGGACCCGCGAGAUAUUCGUGGCGAUAUCAAUCGUAAUAUCGAUGAUCUAGUCAGCGAAACGGGUAGCUAUGCGACUACGACGACUGUGACCGGGGCGACGGCGCGACAGAGCCAGUCGCCCUCGAUACGAGGGAAGAAGCUGCGCUUGUCUCGGAGCAAGUACCACAAGAUGACGUUUGAAUUGAAGGGUAUUUGCGCAGAUCUUGUUGUCUUCCCGCCUGAUUCAGAAGAGACGCAAAGCUCAUUGGACGUGCGUGUCAAUGACCUAACAAUCUUCGACCAUGUGCCUACUUCGACAUGGAAAAAGUUUGCUACGUACAUGCAUGAAGCUGGCGAGAAGGAAAGCGGAACGAGCAUGAUCCACCUGGAGAUCUUGACGGUUAAGCCUGUUCCCGAGCUGGCUGCAUCGGAGAUUGUCUUGAAGGCUACUAUUCUCCCUGUUCGGCUACACGUCGAUCAAGAUGCUUUGGAUUUCCUGUGUCGGUUCUUCGAGUUCAGGGAUGAGUCUGCUGCUAGCACGCCUCCUGUUCCAGGCGAGGUUCCGUUCUUGCAGCGGGCAGAGGUCAAUUCUGUGCCAGUUAAACUCGACUUCAAGCCCAAGCGAGUUGACUACGCGGGCCUCCGUUCUGGCCGCACAACUGAGUUCAUGAACUUCUUCGUUCUAGACGGUGCAGACAUGAUCCUCCGCCAUGUAAUUAUUUACGGAAUUUCCGGCUUCGACAAACUAGGCCAGACCCUCAACGAUAUCUGGAUGCCAGAUGUCAAGAGUAAUCAACUCCCCGGCGUCCUCGCAGGUCUCGCACCCAUCCGCUCCCUCGUUAACGUUGGCGGCGGCGUAAAAGACCUCGUCGUGGUGCCUAUGCGCGAGUACCAGAAAGAUGGCCGCAUCGUCCGCAGCAUCCAACGCGGCGCCAUCUCCUUUGCAAAGACAACCUCCAACGAACUCGUCAAGCUAGGCGCCAAACUAGCCAUCGGCACGCAAACCGUCCUCCAAGGCGCAGAAGACCUCUUCUCCGCCCAAAAUGCCGCAGCCCAACAAUCAAUCCCCUCCACAACAGCAGGAGUAACAAAUGAAGACCUUCUCGACGAAGAAGAAGCCAAGAAAAUCUCCCUUUAUGCGGACCAGCCUGUGGGUGUCGUACAAGGCCUGCGCGGUGCCUUCACCGGCCUAGAACGCGAUCUCCUUCUCGCGCGAGACGCCAUCGUCGCUGUACCAGGCGAAGUUGUGGACAGCGGGAGUGCGAAGGCUGCUGCGAGGGCUGUGUGGAAGCGCGCGCCGACUGUGGUGCUUAGACCUGCUAUUGGCGUGUCAAAGGCUGUUGGGCAGACCUUGUUGGGGGCUGGGAAUACGUUGGACCCGGCGAAUCGGAGGAGAAUGGAAGAUAAAUACAAACGCCAUUGAAACCCCUCUUUCGACAUCAGUUAUCUGGAUAAUUUUCAUGGUUUUCAUACAGCCUACUUGCUUGUUUGCUUAUUAUACCCUACUUUAUUUUAUUUAUUUAUUUUAUUUUAUUUUAUUUUUUUUGUUUUUUUGUGGAAUGUUUCUGUAUCCCACCCCGAUUGGUCCUAUUUCAACACGAAACUGAAGAAUGAGGUUGAUGAUAAUGAUUGACGAACGACUGCGUUUUGUUGUAUUUGGUUGAUUGAUUGUGUUUUUUCGAUUGCAUUUAUUCAGGACAUAGAUUGGUGUUUAUUGGAACUACUUGCUUGCUAUGAAUACUAU